ACUUUGGAUUUCAAAAUAAGAUGUAAGAUUUUAUAAUUAAAAUUUGCGCGCAAAUAUAUUAGAUCUGCCGAAAAAUUCUCUUUGUUCAUAAGGAAACAAUUAUUUAUAACACGUUGACUGCCGUAGGGGUCACCGGUGACUGACACUCGACUUGAUUAUAGCGUCGUGAGGGCCACCGGUGACCGGUGACGCGAUGAAUAAUGAAAAUAUAUAAUUAGGGUAAACAUCGAUCCAAUAAAUUUUUUAAAUAAUACCAUUGAUUCCAUAGUGGUUUAAAGAAAUUAAUGCCGUACAGAACAUGUAAUUAUAAUUUUAUUAAUACAAGGAAAAUAUACAUAUUAUUUGUACAAAUAACGAUAAGUCACAUUGAAACACGGUAGACAAAGAAAAGUUGAAUUAGGACAGUCGGCACAAUGUUGCCACUUUUUUAGUACAAUUCUUUGCUCUCAUUCUAUUUUAGCUAUUUUGAAUUUUAUUCGUAGCACUCUUUGAAAAAUCGCCUUACAUUUCGUAUACUUCCCGGUUUCCUUUUAAGUUCAUGACGACGUUUUUUCUGUACGCAAUUUCUUGAUGAAAUAGAAUCUUCAUCAUCAAAACAUUUUACUAAAUACAUCUCUAACUUCAUCCUAAAAUCGGUGACUGAAAUAUUUUUUCGAGUUGCUUGUUUGUAUAACAUCAUUGAAUUUAUAACAUAAGUAUUUAGCAAAAGUUCUAUUGGCAUUUGAUCAGACAAAUCAACUGAAGAUUUCCCUAAAUUAUUGGGUUGGCAACUAAGUGAUAGCCGGAUUUCAAAUAAGAAGGAAACGACAAAAUCUGAAAUCACUUAGUUGCCAACCCAAUAUAAUCUAUUACCAUUUUUGGCUUCUCAUACUCAUAGAAAAAUAGUCUACAAUGUCCUUGAGGGUCACCGAAAGAUCCCCACCAUGAAAAUUUCAUAAGACAUGUUUAUAUAACUCACCUUAUCUGCUAUAAAUAAUAUUUAAACAUAAUCGCAUACUAAAAUAUUUAUGUUUUGCGUAAGUCACAUAAAAUUCGCCCGGUAAAUGUUUAAAUUUUAUUAUUAUUAUUAUUAUUAUUAUUAUUAUUAUUUUUAUUAUUAUUUUUGUUUCAAGAUAAAAACAAUUUUAGAUUAGAAUAAGCUUACUAACAACUUUAGUAAGCUAUUAAAGUUAGUAGCUUUAGUUGAAGUUAGGAAAGUAAGCUACUAAAAUUGUACUGUUUAGUAAGCACUAAUUGCUACUACUUUCCUCAAUCGUGAUCAAAUAUUACCUGUUCGAGGAAAAAUAUCUGAUACUAUUUGGAAAAAAAUAAUAGUAAUUAUUAAGAUUUGAUUAUAAAUCUAAGGCGUUAUUUAAUUACUUUUUAAAAUAGACAGUGAAGAAUGUUACGAAACUUGAAAAUUGUAAUGUUACGAACUGUGGGUAGAAAAUUUAUUUCUCGUAACAAUUCAUCAGAAACACCUAAGUAUGUAACAAACAAUGUAAGACCAAUUGAAUCUACUAUAGAUUCAAAAGAAAUAGAAUUUUUUGGAAAAUUAAACAAUAAAUGGUGGGAUCCCAAUGGUCAUUUAGCUCUUCUUCAUAUUAUGAAUCCUAUUAGAAUACAGUUUAUACGAGAUGGCUUAGCUAACACAGGCAUUAUUAAAGACGAUACAAAUUUACCUUUAAAAGGAACAAAGAUUAUUGAUAUUGGAUGUGGUGGAGGAAUAUUCUCUGAACCAUUAGCUAGAAUAGGAGCAGAAGUAACUGGAAUAGAUAAUUCGUUAGAAUUGAUAGAUGUUGCAAAGGAACAUGCCUUAUUAGAUUCCAGUUUAUCAGGAAGAUUAAAUUAUCUUCAAACUACUAUUGAAGAAUUUGAAAAAGAAAAUACAGAGAAAUAUGAUGCAGUAGUAGCUUCUGAAAUUUUGGAACAUGUAUCUAAUCAACAAUUAUUUCUUAAAUCUUGUUCAUCAGUUAUAAAACCUGGAGGGUCACUGUUUAUUACUACUAUAAAUAAAACUUUACUAUCUUGGUUGGGUGCAAUUAUUGCCGGAGAGUAUAUAUUGAAGUAUCUACCAAUUGGAACACAUGAUUGGAACAAAUUUAUUUCGCCAGAGGAAGUUCAACGUUCCUUAGAAACUUGUGGUUUAAAGACAAAACUUAUUCAUGGGAUAAUUUUUAAUCCAAUAAAAAACGAAUGGUCUUGGUCAUCAAAUACUUCAAUAAAUUAUGGGCUUCAUGCAAUCAAACAAUAAUAAUUCAAAAUUGCCCAUAUAAUAAUUAUGAUUUAUAAUAUAUAAUUUACAAAAAUCAAAAUUUAUUUUUUUUAAUAUGAUAUAUAAUUUUUAUAUGUAUUUAUAUAUCAAUUUAUAUUUAUAUAUAAUAAAAUAUAUGGUUUAAAUGUCUUCAGGGUAUACAACACCAAUUUGUUUUCUAAGUUCAUCUUCUAAUUUUGCAAUUAAUAUAGAUGUAUUGUGAGACAUUUUUGGGUGUUCUAUCAUACCUAUACAAAUAAUUAUAUAUAUUAAAUUAAAAAAAAAUUUUAUAUUGAUAGUUUAUGGUAAAACAAUAGAAUACCUUUUUGAAGGCAAGUACGAAUUGCAGCAACUUCAUAAGACAAUCCUGCGCUAUUUAUGAAAUUCAUUUCGUGCUUGACUUCUGGUAAGGAAACAUGCACAGUACCACUUGGCAAAUAUACUUUAGGUGGACACCAAAAAUUUGGUACACGUAUCGUUCCUUUUUUUCCAAUGAUAUAAGCUUCAUUAGGCAAAGUUACUGAACUAUGUGUUAGAAUAGUGGCAGUACGAUUUCCUUUAUAUAAAAGAGUUGUAGAAGUUGAUAUAUCUAUUCCCUCUUCAUUUAAGAAUCCAGCAGCUUUAAUUGUGUGAGGCAUUUCAUUAUCAAAAACCAUGCAAACAAAUUGCAAACAAUAUACACCUAAAUCCAAUAUAGUACCACCACCCAAGCUUUUCAUACUAAAAUUAUCACACAGAAUAUGUAAGAUAUACAUAGAUACAUAAUAUCUUUUUAGAUUAUUAUAAUUAUUUAAUAUAUUUAUGGAAACAAUAAAUUAUAAGGGGAUAUUAUUAAAAUUAUAAAAAAAUAUAUCUGUUUACAUACUUGAGUCUUUCAACAUUUUCUAAAUUAAAUCCAAAUGGAACGAUGACUUGAUGUAUUUCUCCUAUAUUGCCAGAUGAAAUUUCUUUUUGAAUAGCAUCAUAAACUGGAAAAAAACGACUCCAUACUGCUUCCAUGAGGAAAAGAUUUUUACUUUUUGCAAAUUCUAUUAAUUCUGUUGUUUGCUUCAAAUUCAUUGUUAAUGGUUUUUCACAAAGAACAUGUUUCCCAUGCUCUAGCAUUAACUUUGCUGUUUCAAAGUGUUGAGGAUUCAAUGUUGCAAUAUAUACAACCUCUGAUAAAUAUUAUAAUUAUAAAAAUUAUAUAAUUAUUCUUUAUAUAAACAUUUUUUAAAGUAUAAUAAUAUAUGACUAUAUACCAAUAUCUUCAUUUUUUGCUAAUGUUGCAUAAUUAUCAUAAGCAUUUUUAAUAUUAUGAAGUGUCGCGAAAGCUUCUGCCCUUGAAAAAUUUCGUGCUGCAACACCAAUUACUUCAUGUUCUUCUUUGGGUAGUGUUGCUAAAGCUGUUACAAAGUCAUGUGAAAUUUUUCCAGCACUAAUUAUACCCCAACGUGUAGCCAUCUAAUUAGAAAUAUGAACUCUUAAGAUAUGUAAAUAUUUGCUUCUAAUAUUAAUUUUGCAAAUCUGAAUUAUAUAAAAAUAUCAAUUAUUUACCUUCGGUAAAAUUUUAUAUAUUUUAUAUAAAAAAUGUUUUUGAUAGAAUUUUUUUAUAAAAUUAUAAGUAGUUUUAACAAUUGAUUAAUUACUUACUUUGUAAAGAUUAUAUUAAUUCCUUGUAUUUCUCUGAACUGGUACGUUUUGCAGAUAAUUAUUAUAUGAACGAACAACCUUCAUAUGUCUGUUAGAUAAGGAAAUAUAUAUCUACAGUAAUGUAUAUGUGUAUAUCAUACUCAUGAUAACCGUAUAAGAAAUUACAAAAAAAAUUAAGAUUGUACUUAUCUUCAGUUAUUUAUUUAUAAUAUAACAAGAAUAUUAUAAUCUAAAUAUUAAACUAUUAAAAUAUAUCAUUCAUGCAAUUAAACAAUAAUAAUCCAAAAUUGCCCAUUGAUAAAUGAUUACACAGUUGUUCAUAUUAUUCGUAUGAAUUUAAUAAAAUAGUAUAAUUUCUAUAUUUCUACAUACAUACAUAAAAACAGGGUAAAUCUUUCUAUGAGUAAAGCUUUAUAAUUGUUAUGUAAUUAUAAAUUAAUAUUAUUGAUAUCGCAUUAAAUGAACUAUUGUAUUAAUAUGCUAUGUGAUAAAAAAAAAAGUUUAAAUGUUAAAGCACGCUUAAGUUUCGAAAUAUAAAUAUAUAUAUAUAUAUAUUAAUUUAAUUUUUUAACAAAUAUAUAUAUGUCAUAUGUCAUUCAAUAAAGAUUUGAAGGCACGCCAUUUUUUCCAAUAUAUUAUAUACUACGAGUGUAAAUACAAUGUCUAAAUACUUUGAAAAAAAAUUAUUCCUCAAUUAUUAAAAAA